AUGAAUAGCGCAUAUCUUCUGGCAAUCUGUGCCAGCAUUUUGCUGCUCCAACUGGAGGUGGCAGCAACGACAGCCAAAGUGGACGAAGUGGGUUUACGUGAGUUGUGGCGCAGCAGACAGCCGCUGGUUAUCAGGAACCCGAGUCCAACUGGAGUGCUGAUCACGGUGACCUACAAUUUGAGUCCGGAUGGCAUUUCCCUUUCGAGGCGCAAGGUUACGGAAGGUCCUCUUCCUGCCAUACUGGAGGAUAAUAGCCGCGCGAAGCCGCAGGAAGACUGGGAGAUAGAAUAUCGGCCGCGGCUUGUCCCAGGAACUAAAAGUGCCGGUGAGGUGACCAGGUUGGUCUUCGAGAUAACUCCCGAUGGAAAGGAGCUACUGAGGAAAAGGAAAGACGAGGCGAGGUAUCCGAUAGCCAGAGUACCAGAGCGCCACGAUAUUCCACCUGUUACGGAUAACCAACGGCAAACAACGCUUAAAGGGACUGAAGGCUUUUACAACUCAAUCCUCACUUCCGUUAAAUAUAUUAAAAACCUUUGGCGCAACGUUGUAAAACUUUUUACACCAAAUGAAUGCCGCCCCAUGAAUGUUCCCGCAGAAGAGCAACCUAAGCUCGAUGAAGGCGAUCCAGAUAAUGUUCCUGAACAGAAUCUCAUUGGAAACCCAACCCAGCCAGGUGUUCCCCACAAAACGAAACCCAUUUGGUACCCAGAGACGGAUAAACCUUCCCUGCUCAAUUUGGUGCCCAAAGACGACGACAUCGACACUGCCAUCGAUGAGUACUUGGCCGCACAUCGCAUCACUGUAGCUGACAUCGAGGAGGAGGAUGGGGAGCUGGUCAAGACGAUUGUCGAUAAACAGGGUCGAGUCCUGAGUGUCAGUUUCAAACUUGGCAAAGGACGCAACGAUCAGCCGUCUUAG